AUGAACCAAAUAGACCCUGCAGAAUACGUGGAGGCACCUGAAGGUGUGGAGACAUUGAGAUUCAACGAUGCAGUGCAACAAGCCAAGUUCGAGUUGGGUGUUUGUAUGGCCGUAUACAAAUGGGAAGAAUUGAACACAGCGGUGGAGAACUCCUGGGGAGGACCCAACUCCAGUGAAAAGAGAGAUUGGAUAUCUGGCAUUGUCAUUGAGUUGUUCAAUGAAAAGAUUGUUGAUGUGACGUUGAUCGAAGAAACACUUUUGUAUGCCAUGGUUGAUGAAUUUGACACUGAGAUUGAUAAUGAUUCUGCUUUGGAGAUUGGUGCCUUGGUGAUCAAGUUCUACAAACAAGUGAUGCUCCAACAAUAUGGGGUCAUUGAGUCCAUGUACCACAGUUGGGUUAAUAAGAAGAACACUGGUGAUGGUGCUCCUAAGGUUGUGAUUGCUGCUGACCCCAAUAACCCCGAUGUCUCUGAUGAAGAUGAUGAUGAAGAUGAUGAUGGCAACAUUAAUGAUGACAUGAACGACUCAAUGGAUAUCGAACCAGAGUCUAAACAGGGCCCCAUUGUAGACGAUGACGGCUUUGAACUUGUUCAAAAAAAGGGAAGAAGACGUUAA